ACCAGUUCCCUGCUUGGUUACUUCCUUGCCUUCUCGUUAGCCGUCAACUCGUCAAUCUUCAUCUUGCAAUUCCCUCUUUGCAUUGGCGUUCGUGUCUGCUGACUUCGAAACUGAGUUCGCUGUUUUCAUCUUCGAGGUCGCGUCUCCUGUUCGUGUUCGUGGUUGCUCGACUUCACCGUUGCUCUCAAGGCUCAAGAUACCCAAAAGAAAGACAAUGGCAAAGAAGAAGAAUCCCCUGGUUUUUUUGGAUGUGUGUAUAGAAGGUGGCCAUUAUGAAAGGAUGGUUUUUGAGAAAAUUUCCGUUUGUUAUGUACAGGAGAAAAGGGAAGCAGUCCAAAAACUAAAAUACCACUGUGCUACAAAGACGCUUACUUUCAUGAGGUUAAGGAAGGUGGCUCCUACGUGAAGGGAGGUGCUUUUUGCUAUAAAACGGGUAUCUUUUCUAUUGAUUCAUUGACCUUAGGAUGGCACCUAUGACUAGUUUUUGAAGCUUCUAAUUCGAUACAAUACAUUUAUUCAUUUUCAUGUUUUUUAUCCAUGUCAUUUUUCGUAGUAUCAUCUUGAGUCAUCACAUGAAGCAAUUAUUAUCACUUUAACUAAUUUUUACUAAUCACUAAUUAAAUGAAAGUAGAUUCAUUUCUUUUUUGUUCUUAGCACGGAAUUUGAAGAAUGAGCUAUGAUGUUCCCAUCUUGUGAAUAAUGCCUCUUAUGUAUUUUAUAUUUAGAUGUUAAUAUAUUGAUUUUAAGUAAAUUUUGUAUCCUCUGUCUUGAAAAUCAUUUGGGUCGCUAAAAGUAGGAUUAGAUUAAGGCUAGCAAUCGGGGAUGUUAACUAGAUCAUUUUUUUUGCAUUUAAAAAUGUUGUCACUUAGGAUGGAUUUCUAAGUUUAUUAACCAGCAAUUGAUGUUAUCUGUUUAGAAAUCCAAAGUUUAACCAGCCACUACUGUCAAUAUUUAUGCAUAUCAGUGUAUAUGUAAAUUUUCAAUUUAUAUAAAAUACUUUUUGACAUGUAUAUAAAUUCUUCUGUGAAGGAUCCUAUCAAUACUGUAUAAUGUUGAUUGAGUACUUUGGACCUAGCAGUUCUUCAUAAUUACAAUGUUAAUUGCAAUUAUAAGUUUCAUCUGGUGUUAUGCCCAGUUUGCUAUAAUUUUUCAUCGUUUGUAAUCUUUUUGUAGGGGAUGGUGGAGAAAGUGUAUAUGGUCCCCAUUUCCCAGGCUUAAGCAUGAUAAAGAAGGUGUUCUGUCCAUGGCAAAAGAAGAUCGUGAAACUCGUGGUUCUCAUUUUGUGAUCACAUUGAAAGAUGAUCACAGCCUUGACAGUUCUCAUGUGGUCUUUGGAAAGCUUGUCGAAGGAUUCUACACACUGGGGAAGAUUAGAGACACUGGUGUUAGGUUUCCUGUUCAAAUCUUCAAUUCUGGUUUGCAUUACGAAGGUGAUAGCCCAUGGUAUUUGUGGAAGGGACAAAAACCGGAGAAUGUCACAGGUGUGCUGCCCGACGGAUUAAAGUCGACGGUUCAGAUCGAAGGUGGUGGGGCAUUGGACUCGGAUGACGGGAAGGCCCAAACGUCAACUGGACUCAGACGCAGCCUUCGGAUCAAACAUAAGGCCGAGGCACUGAGUGGAAAGGGCUUGCUGUGAAUACAUUGGAAUGUUCUCUUGUUAUUCUCUCUCUUCCCUGUGGCAGAUCUUCUGCAAUUGAUUUCCUUUCUGUUAUCUAAUGGCUGUAGGAGCCUAUCGAGUUGUAAUUGAUUGAAUGGUUAGUGGAGUAACCAACUCAA